GUCUUUCCAUUUAGGAUCAAUGGCUAAUCCCUUUGAAGACGAUUAUAAAAGCAGCAGUGCCACAAAGAACACAAAGUUGAAAAGCUAUACGCACACAAACAAUAUCGAAGAUGAGGCUGAUUAUUACGAGAAGGAGAUUGAAAAGUACAUGCAGGAAUCUCUAGACAGUACUGAAAGAUCUCGACGUCAUUUGGAGAAUUCCGAAAAGAUCGGCACUCAAACUGCUCAGGAUCUACUUGAACAACGCGAAAAGCUGGAAAGAACUGAGCGUAAUUUGGAUGAAAUUCAUAGAACGACACAGGUCACGCAACGUAAUCUUAACAGUUUGAAGUCUGUGUUUGGUGGAUUCUUUAAGAAUAAGUUUAGCCGAAAACCACCGGAGUCAGUCGCUGAGAUGCCACAAUCCAAGUCUGCCUCUAAACUUGCUGAUACUGUUGGAAACCUUAGUACGGGAGGUUCUUCAGCCUCGUUUUCUGGAACGUCCUCUGCAAAGCCAACACUUAGCGAGUCGAGCAGAAACGCCAUCAAAGGAACACGCUGGGAGGCAAUGGAUAAUCAGAUCGACGAGAAUCUCGAUAUGAUGUCCAAGAAUCUUCGCAACUUGCGACUUUUGGGUGAGGACUUAGGCCGUGAAGUUGACGAGCAGAAUCAAAUGCUAGAUCGUAUCCAGACCAAAGCUGAUCGCAAUGAUGCUAUCGUACGUGUACAGGAUAAACAGAUGCAAAAAAUAUUGGGUUCUGCUGAAAAGGCCGAAGAAGCGGCAGGGUCAGGCUUGACACCAAGUUUGGAUUCGUCGACGAAGAUGGGGCUCGCAAUGAAGGCUACAAGUCUUUUCCGCUGA